GCAGGGGCGUCGAGGAGGAGAAGGAAGGGGAGGAGAAGGAGGAUAAGGAGGAGAAAAUGUGCUGGACGUCAGAAGUGGAAUAUUUGUCUCCCGAGGAGGUUUCCGCCGUCGUGGCUAUGGAGUUCCUUCGGGCGUACCUCCACGCAGGCCUCACGCGCGACGUCGGCUGCCUCUCGCGGAGCCUGUGCCGGGCCAACGCAGCCGCGGCCGAGUGGGGGGACCUCGCCCACGCCCUUGCCCACGCCCUCAGCACCGCCCACGCCGAGUGGGUCGCCCAGGUCAUCCCCGGGGGGCGUGACCUCGUCCUCCAUGCAGCGAGCGGCGGCGCGAGGGAGGUCAGCGCCGAGCCCGGACGCCUGCAACCGCCUCUACCGCUGCCCCGAGCCCCUGUGGAGGCAGCUGACCGACGACAAGACGGUCAUGGAGAGAUUCGUGCAGCUGGCUCACCAGACCAGCGUGUCCUGGGCUUGAGGUGUUGCCUUCGGCUUCGGAUUCGGCUUGGAGAGUGAUUUUGGCUCCGGCUUCGGCUUUGGGAGUGUCUUUCACUUUGGCUUUGGCUUGGAGAGUGACUUCGGCUUCGGCUUGGGAAGUGGCUUUGAAUUCGGCUACGGCUUGGGAAGUGGUUUUGGCCUCGGCUUUGGUUUACACAUUGUCUUUCACUUUGUCUUGAAAUAUGUCUGCGGUUUGAAUUGUCUGUGUUUUUUUGUGUUUUCUUUUUUUUUUAUCUGAAAUAUGCAUUUCAUGUGACCUUCUUUUAAGCUUUGGCCUGAAAUGUGUCUUUGACUUGAACCUUUUAUUUGCUUAUAGUUUGAGACGCGUCUUUCCGGAAAACCCAUGUGCGUUUAAGGAUUUUUUUUUUUUUUUUUUUUUGUACGUAAGUGAAGGAUACUUUCUCUGCCUCUUCUCUUCUCUACCUUUUCAAAUUCCACAAAGGCCCUUUUAUGAAGAAGUGUUUUGAGUAUAAUCUCCCGAUGUCAUCUCAUUAAAAAGUCAUUAAGAAUAAGAUUUGAAAACAUAUAUUCGUUUUUUGUUUUUUUUUUUACAUAUCUGUAAGGUUCUGCACACAUUCCAUUCCCACCCUUUAAGCUUAUGAUUAGCUAUAAUUAAUUGAUUUUGAAGUUUUAGAAUGAGCUACCAUUUUGUAAAUAGACUUCUUUCUUCCAUUUAUGUCAAUGUUCAUUUUAAUAUCUUGUUAUUUUCUUAGUUUUCUUGUCCUUUGUUUGAUUUAUUUUCAUAUUUAAUUACCUAUUCUACCCAAUACAUGUGCGACUGCAGCUGGUCAAAAUUGCAUGUAAGUUAUAGAUUUUACAAACAUUAUUUAUUUUUACGUAUCUGUAC